UUGCAGAUUCUGGCCACCUCAACAGCCACGACGGACUGGGAUGGCAUCAAAACCCGCAUGAGAACACAGUUGCGCUCCCUGUCCUAUCCAUCCUUUCCUUUGUCCCAGCAUCAUCGGCGUUAGCAUGUUUGCUCGACCCUAUGUCGGUUCCCUAAUUUUUCGGCCUUCGGCGGCCAGACUCACGAGAUCGCCCCGGAGCCACAAUUUGCAUGCCUUCUCUCCCCUCGAGAUUUCGCGGCGCAAGAACUUCUUCUCUUCCGAUGCUUGUCUUGCUCAGAAACAGUCCAGAAAUGGCGAGAACGCAGAAGAACUUCUUCUCGAGGCUCAGAAACAGCGAAAGAGAAGCCAUCGGACGCCAGCGGCGCAGACUUCGCUCCGGAGAGUCGCAGUUGAGGCGCAAAGAUCAAAAGAUGGGAUCCUAUCAAAAGCUCAGCUUCGGGAGCAGGGGUUAUAUACAACGAAGACUAUAACCGCAUACGCCGUCGCUGAACAAUUCGAUAUCCACCAAGUUCGAGAGAUUCUACAAACGAAGGGCUAUGAACCGGAUCCUUACGAGACGGGUCUCUACCCGCAGGUUGUCCAUGUCCAAGUUCCGUUGGACUCGAUCCGUCGCGUGAGCAACCCGAAGGCGUCUGAUCUACCAGCAGACGAGGUGGGCGACGUGUUUGUCUUUCCUUCUGGUACGGUUGUCGCCUGGUCGCUACCAGAAGGAUUCACCUCCUUCUUGGCAACAAGGACAUUGCUGCCUGCUGCCCGGGGAGCACACGUGGAUGACUUGGAGACGGAGGACCUCGAGUAUGUGGAGGACCCCCAGCGGGAGAACAGCAGCAUCAAGGGCGACACUAUCGUUCUUGGGACCAAACCGAGCUCCGACGGUCCCGCCACCUUCCCCAUAACCCGGCAGUCUGUGGACACGGUCCUGACGAAAGUGGCUUUCUCCUCAGGCUUGGCCCGGAGUACGAAGCUGGCCGUACUGGAAUCACUGCUAUCAAAUUACUUCGAAUCCACACGGGCCAUUCCAACACUUCUUUCAAAGGGUUCCCGGCUUCCCUACACCCGGGAUUUCAUCCUUCGCAAAACGGGCCAGCUCCUUAGCGUCCGGGCGCAGCUGAACCUCUACUCCGAGCUCACAGACUCCCUGCCUGAUAUCUUCUGGGACAGCCGGCAUGAACUUGGUCUGGAAGGCUAUUAUGAACAAGUCGGACGGGCGCUCGAUGUGGGGAUUCGUAUCAAGCUGCUGAACGAGAAGAUGGACUACGCGCAGGAGAUAGCCAGUGUUUUGCGGGAGAGACUCAGUGAGACGCACGGUCUUCGACUGGAAUGGAUCAUCAUUUUGCUCAUCGCCGUUGAAGUGGGUUUCGAGGUUUUGCGGUUGUGGAAGGAACGUGUUCACGAGCAGGAUAAGGAGAGAAAGAGGGAAUUAGCUCAAUGAGCCUGUCUCUGAUGAGAGCUAGCAUUGGAAAAGAUUUCCACUCAUGUAUAUACUCAAAGCGACU